CUACAUCAGUUAUAUGUUACAAUUAGUAUGUUUUGACAUAUCGACAUGACUUCGCUGUUCCAGUUUAUGAAAAGGUCUCCUAAAUCUCGAUAUAUUUGCCCGACUACACGAACCUAACGAUGCUCUUCAAUGGCGGUGAAGAUUGGAUUACAACUUUAGUGGGCGCACGAGAUGCUAUUGAACCCAGGAGCUCCGUGGUGGGAGGCCUGGGACCUGUGGUUAUCGCUUUCGCAUGGAUAUUAGCUGCCAUAUCGGUGUCAAUUUUCGCCGUACGAUUCUAUGUCCGAUUAACGUUCAGGGGGAAGCUCAGCCUCGACGACUAUAUCAUAAUUAUCACAUUGAUAUUCAUUGUGCUGAAUAGUGUCUUUCUCACAUUUGCAUCUUCCUGGGGACUGGGGAGGCACAUUCAAGACCUUCGCGACGACGAAAAGAGGAAUUAUGAUAAAUGGGUGUUCUUUUGUUACUGCCCUGCUAUCAUGUCCCCCGGAUUCGGCCGCAUUUCUUUUGCAUUUUUACUAUUGAAUCUCACGCCGCCAUCGAAAGCAAGAAGGAGACUACUGUGGGUAGUGAUAUGUGCGCAAUUUAUAGCCGAUGUUGGGACGGUUAUCAUCAUAUACGCACAAUGCAAGCCCGUUCAGGGGUUCUGGGAUAAGAGAAUUGAGGCGAAGUGUUGGCCCGCAUAUACACAGGUAUACGCAGGUUAUCUCCAAGGCUCGAUAUGUGCUCUGUCCGACUUGGUACUGGCCGUUUUCCCUUGUUCCCUCUUCUGGAAUCUAAAGAUGCAUUGGAAGCAGAAGGCCUUUUUGACUGCGAUCAUGGGGCUGGGAAUUUUUGCUAUGGUCGCGGCAAUUGCCAAAACCGUAUAUCUAAAAGAGAUAGAUGGAAUAUUAGAUCGAAGUUACAAUAUGGCGAUCCUCACGAUAUGGUGGACUAUCGAAGGCAACGUCGUGCUCAUUGCUGUCUCAAUACCUACCAUAAAACCAAUUUUAAAUACACCACGAACAACGAAACAGAGCCAAAGUGACCGUGCUUACCAUCUUAACACUUUCCUGUCACGGAAGAGGGCUCAGGAAAACAUGUCUGGAGAGAGUCAUGGACGUUUCACAUCACUCCAAGAGCCCUCACUUGCCACUGGAAUCGGUGGCGACGAUAGCCAACUGGAGCUUCCGCGUAACACGCAUCAACCAGGCGUCUUGGGGGAGAGUGGUAACAGAGAGAGUUCGGUCGGAAUAAGGAAGGACAUAACGGUUUCGAUUACCUACCAAGAGUCGCAACAGUCACACAUCCAAUCACACUUGGACCAGAGCGAAGUUCGAGAAGUAGCGAAUGAAACGCCCCCCAUUGAAGCGGAUAGCAAAUAUUACGCCUGAAACAAGAUUUCGCGCACGUGGUGGUUACCGAAGGGUCAGUACGACGUGAGGGGGGCACGAAAUGGAAGACAUCGAGGAGAUAUACGCAACUAGAAUCGGUUUCAUGAUUGAACUUCAUACCCUUACAUCAUCGUUGAUGUUUAUACCCCAAAAGAUUUUUUCUGGAAGAUUCAGGGAGUGGAGGAUUUCUAGGAUUAAUUAGCUUAGUAAGCAGAAAUAGGGGUACAUAAAUGGUCUCUGUGUCGUGGACAUUGUCGAAAAUUUCGAGCAACUUUCUCGUAAUACUUAUUCACCCGACCAGCCGAACGGAA